AUGGCGCUCAAGUUCCUGAACAAGAAGGGAUGGCACACGGGAAGUUUGAGGAACAUCGAGAACGUGUGGAAAGCGGAGCAGAAGCACGAGGCCGAGCAGCGGAAACUCGAGGAGCUCCGAAAGCAGAUCCAGGAAGAGCGAGAGCGAGCCGAAUUCCGCCUCCUCCAGGAGCGCGCUGGCCUCGCUCCGUACGUAUUUAUACUGACUACCCUGCCCACUUUCUCGCGCUAUUUAGAUUUCUAGGGUUUGAGAAGUUUUGGUACGUCUUUCUCCGAGUCUUCGUAACUGUCUUUCCUUGUUCCUCAGGCGGCAAGAGAGAUUGGAAUUUCUCUAUGAGUCGGGCUUGGCUGUGGGGAAAGGCAGUUCCGAAGGGUUCAAGACACUCCAGGCUCCUGCUAAAGCCGAGGCGUCCUCCGCCGCUACUGCGGAACCCAGUACUUCCAAGGUAUUCCCAUUUGACUCAGCUGUCAGUGAUGCUUCCUGUUGUCUUUUCCGUAUUCAUCUCGCUCAUAUCCAGUUGUCUUGGUAUUUCUGGGCGAUUGUGACUCAUGCUUGAUGGUUGCAUCUUGGUAUUUUGAGUCACCCCUUUCCCAACCGUGGAACACUUUUUAGAUUAUUAUUUUUUAUGUUAUUAUUAUUUCCCUCUUUGGUGUGGCAAUCGCGUAUUUCCCGAAACCCGACAUUGAGGACAGAGUAUGAGGUGUCGAUUUUCCACCUUCCAUUCGCUGAAACCUUUUUUAAUGUUUCUAUACUUUUUGGUCUUCUUUUUUCUCUAUUGGAAGGUAGCAGCCGACAUUUAUCAUUUUAAAAUCAACUCUAUUGAAAAUCCACCCUACCCUCUUAUGAAGAUGAUUUUCACCUAUUUGGGAGGGGAUUAAUCCUUUCUAGUUGAUGAUUCAUCCAAUGAGCCCUUCAAGUAUCAGUGAUCAGUGAUGCUGCAUGAUUUAGUCAAAUCCCAUCUUAGUGUCAAAGAAAGUAUGGGGGGUUUUCUUUUCAAGUGCACUCCUGGCAGGUUUCUGGAAAUAAAGCACAUCAAUUAUCAAGCCACUAUAAUUUUCGUAAGAAUGAUUGGACUUAUUGUUGUUGUCACAAAAUUUGUUGAUUGUGUGAGUAGGGCAUCUAUUUUUUUCCUCUGCUACUUGCAGGCAACAGAAUUUUCUUUGGUUGACACAGAGUUAAGCAGUAAACAAGUAUCGUUAAUAAUGAAGGGGGAAAAGGCCUCUUGGUAUCCUAUCUCAUAAUUAGAUUAAAGUUUAAUAAUGUUUGUUUGACUAUGAAACCAUCUGAAGAAACUUUUUUCCCUUUAGUACCAACACAAAAAACUGUAGUAGUUAAUUGACUGUAGUCUGUCUUUCUGGAAUUUGAUUUUCUUUUUUUGGUGUAAUUGACCUUAUAUCAGGAUGGAUUCUGACUAUCAUAAUAGUUCGAAAUCUAUUGUUUCUUGAUGGAUUCAGAAGAAUGCGAAAUAUCAUGACUCUAUCUACUUUGUUGCACUCCAACAUAUUAUCGAAAAAAUUUACCUGACCUGGUCCAUCUCAAGGCAGGGAAUGAGUGAAGCAAUUUUGAUCUAGGACUCAUUUUUAUAGGUUUAGACCAAGGAUUUUUUUCACCCUGAGUGUACCGAAAUCUACCUCGGUUAAACUUGGCCCAUUAGUGUCCCGACGCCCAAAGUUUUUUUGCCUAUCUUUGACCGUUAGACGUAUGCGUCUUCCUAGGAUUCCAUUUCCGGAUCACUCACACCUUUAUUUCCUUUGUUUUCUUUUUUUUCUGUUUCAUUUCCAAACAGUCGUUGAAGAAAUAGGCACAUGUAUGGAUUAGGUGCAGCAGAAAUAUUCUGGGCUUACUUCUUUUGAGGUUCUCUUUUUACUUAUUGGUAAAUCUGUUCAGACGUUUAACUUUUAAGAUAGUUUUUCUUUUUUUAGGCUUGCAUUAUAGCUUUCGCUGUGUCAUAAACAAUGUUAUUUUUUUUUCCCUUACCCUAUUCUAUCCUUAGCAAAUUUGAAAUCAUGAUGACUCUACUCACUCUGACUGAAGCCCUUCCUUCCCCCCUCCCCACGAUACAAAAAAGGGGAAAUUGAUUUGUGCUUAGUGUAUGAUCAGUCUUAUUCCCCCAGGCUAAUCACUGAGUGAUGAGAAGUGUGGCCAUAGGUUUAACGCGGUUGAUCAUCAUGUAUGAUCUUUCACUUAUCUGAGAAAGAAGAGGGGAUGGGAGUAUCUCGUGUAGUUUUGGAAUGCCGUUGUAUUGUGCUCUGAGGAAGGGGGCUUUGCUCUUGUUUUCUGCAUCACUGUUCCGGGUUGUGUAUGGUCGGCGUUCAUAGGCGUUAUACUUUCAUCUUUGAUCCACCUUAAUUCUUGGCUCUUUUUUUUCCUACUCUAGCAUAAUCAUGGAAUGUCUCGAAUCAGGACCUGUUGCUGAUCAACCCCUCAAGGAAUCAUCCCUUUCGAGUUCUUGGGAUCUGCCAAGCCUACCCAAUUCUCCUACUCCACAAAUUUCCCCCUCCCUCCCUCCCUCAAAAGGUUGCCAUAUUAGUCUGCUGUAUCAUUUGCCUGUUGAUUCAGUUAGACCAACAAGAAUGGGCUGGUGUUAUACCAGUUUCAGAUUUGUAUUCAGCUUAUCUUGCCCUUCCUCCGCUGAUGAUGCCAUACAUUUUUCUCAAGUUCUCUAUCCCGUGCUUUUCUUUCCUCCUUGCAGAUUUCAGUUUUGACCUUUACUUCCAAAACUGUUCAUAGGAUUAUGCCUACUGUCAUUUUGGAUCAUCUGAGUUUGUUAAUCCCUAAUAACACUCAAUGCCCAAUCAGUCAUCUAGCUUCUUCCUUUCCGAUGAGAUCCUUUCCUCAUCAAUUUCUUCAAAUUGAAAAAGGAAGAACAUUUACUUUUUAUUUUUAAUGGUAUACUACGUGCUGAACUACAAUUAAGUUGAGACCCAGCUUUUUACUAUGACAUUAUUGGCCACAUAUUAGGUAACUUUUUCUGAUAAACAUCAUCCCAUGAAAGUGUAGCCCUGUUUCUUGUUAAUACUUUCAAACGUAUUCGUGCCAGUACCUUACACGAACAAUCUUGCAACCACAUUAUAUAUGCAGAUUUUUUAGCAUAUUACAGCUUGCUUCAGCGAUCUCGACGCUAAUGUGCGAUUCAUUUCGUUUAUGUUCAGGCAGCAACCCCUGGAGCUCUAUUCGAGGAGAGCAAACCUCAAUCCGCAAAUGAUGCAUGGCGAAAACUGCAUUCUGACCCAUUACUCCUCAUCAGGCAGCGGGAACAGGAGGCAAUUGCACGCAUCAAGAACAAUCCCGUCCAGAUGGCCAUGAUUAAGAAGUCUGUAAGUGCCCCUCCCCCUUACCCACGCCCCUGUUUAUGAAUUGUCUGUGGAAACAUCAGAAAAACUUAGCUUCUUUAUUCCAGGUGGAGGCUGAGAAAAAGCAAAAGGAGAAGGGCGACAAGAAAGAGAAGAAGACGAAGAAGAAGAAAGAACACAAGAGGCAUCACCACGGCAAAUCGAAGCACGGCAAACAUUCGGCCGAAUCCAGCGACUCGGAGGACUCUGGCAGAUCCAACGAUGAGAGAAACGGUGACAGAUCAAGAUCCAAGCAUCGUCGUUCAGGGACAGAUCGAGAAGAUGACCGGAGGAGAGACAGGGCGGCGGCGGUGGUGGUCUCCGACCAUCGCCAUGCCACCCGCCGCCACGAUGAACAAGAGAGAGCCCACCCGUCAUCCGAGCGCCGCCGUGCCUGCCCCGACGGCAGCGGCGUCGGCGGCGGAGAACGGCCGCACAAGUCACCUGAACGUGAUCUUGACGGCGACGGUGGGCGGCGGAGCCGACCAAGGGAGACCAACCAGAGCUCCACCGGGAGGCAUGGAUCCAGGCAGAGUCUUCCUCCUCCCCCCCCUCGGAGGGCCCCAAGAUUGACGGAGGAAGAGCGGGUGGCGAGGCUGAGGGAGAUGCAGAUGGACGCCGAGCUCCACGAGGAGCAGCGAUGGAAGCGGAUAAAGAAGGCCUCGGAGACCGACGCUAAAGAGGCUGCUCAGGAGGGAAACACCGGCGGCAAGAACUUCCUGGACGCCACCCGGAAGAGCAUGUUCGGGACCGAGAAAGGGGGCAGCGCCACCAUCGAAGAGAGCGUCCGCCGCCGGACCUACUAUCUUCAGGGCGGCGCCGCCGCCCACGAGGGCAACGCCUUCCGGCGCCAUUGA